UUGAGAAGGCAGCAAGCGUUCUGUCGAUCAGUACCUUGGCUUGAGAUCUUCCAUGGUGGUGUGAAAGAGUCUUUAAUUUUUMCACCAAUUUACCAGCGAUUGCACUCUACUUGAAAGCAUCAAUUGACAUGGAAUCGGUGGCGUUAUCUCGGCUUUGGCCGCAACAAAUCUCUAUUUUCUUCUUCUGCUUUUGUUUAGUUUUGUUAGGCUCACUAAAGGAAUCUCAAGCUCAAAUAUCAUUUACCGAAGAACCCAAAGCCACGAAAGCUAUUGCUGGAAAACCAGUAGAUCUAAACUGUAAAGCUACAGCUCCCAGGAAAAUAAGAUACGUUUGGUUUUUCGAUGACAGUAGAAUUGCUCCCGAUGGUUCACGACUGAUCAUACGAGCCGAUGGGACUUUGCAUAUAGCUAAUGUCGACACAACAGACGCCGGGAAUUACCAAUGUAGGGCAUCAUAUCGCGAUUUGACCGCCGGUAAAAGAAUAACCAAAAAAAGCCAGAUUGUCGACUUAACAGUAUACGAUUUAUGUUCCUCCAUAACGUUAACAAGUUCUCCAUCAGGGCCAGUAUUUCCCACUGGAUCUACUUUUACCCUCAAAUGUAAAUGUCCCUCAACUCCCAGUGCUACAACUGUGUGGACUAAAGACAGCACUCCAGUAACAUCCGGAGGCCAAAUUACUUUAAAUGGCAACAAACUCAUUAUAAAAAAUCCAACCACUUCAGAUUCAGGAAAAUAUGAAUGCAGUGUUUCUAAUAAUGCUGGGACGAGAAACAGUUCUGCAAUUGAUGUACAAUUUAUGAAACUGGUGGAACCGACAUUUGAUGUAAAGCCUAAAGGYGUUACUGAAGCAGUAGAUCAGUCUGUGUUACUAGACUGCAAAGCAUCUGGGAAACCACAGCCUACUAUACAGUGGUACUUUGAAACCCAAAACACAGCUCUGUCCAACACUUCAAUAUACACUGUCUUUAGUAAUGGCUCYUUAUUAAUCAAGAAGAUUGGAAAUGAUAAAUUUGGGAAUUAUAAGUGUGAAGCUAAGAACAUAGCUAACAGUAAAACAGUUGUCGCAGCUGUUUCAAAAGCAUACAUCAAGAACAUUCGUUUCCGAAGAGAUAUAGAGUAUGCYGAAGUAGGCAAAGAGUUYCUAUUGGAUUGCAAGGCACCUGGURACCCUAAGCCAUCAGUGACAUGGCUAAAUGCAGAUGGAGGACCACUUCCAGCARGUUAUGAUGUCAAAGAUGCUAUGACUUUAAGAAAUAAGAUGGUUAAGGUGACUGAUAGUGCAAACUUUACUUGUACUGCUAAGAAUGUGGCUGGCAAUCGAUCUUCUGAUGUGCAAGUGAUUGCCUCAGUGUACCCAAAAUUUACCACAAAUCCCCAAGACAUGUUAGUGGAAGAGAAUAAAAAAGUGGUACUCAAGUGUGCUGCAAAGAGUCGACCCCCAUCACGUAUUUCUUGGAGAAAAUAUAAUGAGAGAGUUCUAGCUGAUGGAAGUAAUACCAUUAUUAACGAGGGAACGCUGACUAUCAACAAAGUAGAACACAUGGACUCUGGAAUGUACCAGUGUGUGGCAAGACAUCCUAGCUCCAAGUCAGAGAGUAGUCGUAGAGCAAACUUAACAGUUUUAGCUGCUGUAAGAUUAGCAGAUUUUCACAAAAUUGAUCACAAAUUUAAAAUGGGAACAAACGACUCCAAGAUCUACUGUUUCUUCACGGGACAUCCACCCAUCUCGGUCACCUGGAAGAAAAUCGGCUCCAAAAAGUUCCCCAAGACAACCGUUCCUAAUGGAGAACAGMUAUCAUUUAAAGAUAUGAAGAUGUCUGAUGGAGGAAUCUAUUCGUGUACUGGCUCCAAUGCGUUUAGUAGCGUCACGGCGCUAGUUAACGUCUCAGUAUACAUUUACCCUGAAUUCGUGCUUAAACCCAAGAACACCACUGCCAUCAUCGAAGAAUCCGUCUGGCUUCACUGCAACGCGUCCGGUUACCCCAAACCAAAGAUCAGCUGGGGAAGAGAAAAACAUGGUGGAGACAAGCUAAACAAAGAGCGAUUCCAUAAGUUCGAGAAUGGUACCCUCCACAUCGAGAAUAUACAGCCCGGUGAUCAAGGCAGAUAUUAUUGUAUAGCAGCCAAUAAAGCAAGCUUCAGGCAGAUAACUAUCUCACUUUGGGUGAUCAAACCUCCUGCUGCUGUGGCUUAUACGACGAAUACGAUGGGCCGUACGAUUGGGAUAGCUGUUGGUUGUGCUGUUGCUUAUAUAGUACUGGUUGUUGGGCUUAUGAUAUACUGUAAGAGUCGCCGAGCGAGGCAACAGAAGAGAGAACAACUGACUGUAGUUGCAGCUCACGAUCUUGAAAACUGCGAUGAAAAUCCAGAGAUGGCUCUCCAGCCAAUCAACGGCAAACUCGGCAGCUACCAUAAGAUGGAAUUCCCGCGUCACGAUCUGGAAGCGCUGCGCACCCUGGGUAACGGUUCGUACGGGCGCGCAUUCCUGGCACGAGCCAGUGGAAUCAAAGACGGUGAAAGAGAGACCAUGGUUGUGGUCAAGUCUUUGAUAGCGAAGGAUGAUAUCAUCAAGGAAGACUUUCGGCGRGAGAUGAGUGCGUUGGUAGAUAUGGACAACCCACAUGUUCUGUCGUUAUUGGGUGUGUGUAGGGAGAUGGAUCCGCUGUAUAUGAUCUUUGAAUCCUUGGAAAAGGGUGACCUUAAGCAGUAUCUUCUCUCAUGUUACGACAAUGGUCGCAGUACCAUCAACUCAAGCCAGAAACUCUCCAUGUGUUCAGACAUCGUCUCCGGCAUGGCAUACCUCGCCGCAAACAACUUCAUCCACAAAGAUGUUGCUGCAAGAAACUGUAUGGUCACUAAAGACUUGCAAGUCAAGAUCGGAUUCCUGAGCCUUAGCUACGACCUGUACAGCAGCGAGUAUUACAGAUUUAAUAAUAUUCUUAUUCCUUUGCGGUGGAUGGCACCUGAAGCCAUCUUCAACGACGACUUCACAGAGAAAAGCGAUGUCUGGUCAUUUGGGGUAGUUUCCUGGGARAUUUACACGUUGGGACGGACACCAUACGAAAACCGUUCGGAUGAGGAAGUUCUUAAAUGCGUCAAAGGUGACCUUCGCCUCUCUAAGCCGGAUAAUUGUCCUGACAGCGUCGCCAGUGUUAUGACCAAAUGCUGGGAAGAUGAUCCUGAUAAUAGACCGACAUUCGAGAAAAUAUACGCUGAAAUAUCUGAAGUAGCAGUCGACAGCCACGUAUGAUUACCAAGCUAAAACCAAACAAUUUAUGUGGACUCCAAAUAUAUAGAAGAUAACAAGUCCUGGCCUGGUUAUAUUCUUAGUAUUUGACUAUACGUAACAGAGGUGUGGACGAUUGCUAAAAGCUGCAUCUCGUGAGAUAACAACGCGAGAGAUUGGCAAGAUAAUCCACUUACAAACUUUGCAGUCAGUACACUUGAAGUGUAAGAGGGGUUUAGAUAUAGCUCGGAAGUUGUAAAGCUAAACCUCAGAUUCCAGUACUCCGGUACCAAGUCAAGUCGACUAGAUGACAUGGGUUGGUAAACAAGGAGAAAAAGAACUCGUAAUAAGGACAGAAACAAAACAAGAUGGUCUGUUCUAGUAUUAUUAUUAUUAUUUUAUUUUUGAAUCAAUGCUUUUAACUWUAUAUUUUUUAGUGGGUUCUACUGGUUUUGACCUUGCACACUUAGCGUAACAUUCAAUUCCUAUUCACUUCUUUCGCAUACCCAUAAUACUUUGCGGCUUGGGGGAGGGGACUGGGAAAACUGAAGGCUGAUCAGACAAUGUUGAAAAUACCUCGUUUGAUAUCCAAAUAUUAAACAAGAAACAGAAAGAGAUAGAAGGAGUUUAAAUAUUUCUAGGUAAGAUAAUACACUUUUUGUAACACCAUGGCUUUUGAUGUACUGGACGCUUAAGAUUAACUCARAAUGAAAUGCUAAUCAAUAUUGUACAGACAAAAGCAGGAAUAGUGUGCAUUCAGUGGAAAAGCGUUUCAUUUUGGGACACUGUUUUGAUAGGUUACCCCAAGCCGCAAAGCAUUGUGUGCAUGUGAGAGAUGUGCAUGUGAGAGAUGCGCAUGCGCGAAAAGUUAACUUAACACCACAACAAAUUACCACGAAAAAUUUGCUACGGAGUACACCUGUAGCCCUUUUUAGUUUUAGAUUAAAGAUUUGUUUUAUAUGUUUAUUCUUAGUUGUAGUUUUUUGCGCUCCUUAACAUGCCUUGGAUUUAGAAGCUUAUGAAGAGGCCUACGCAUAGAUUGAAGGAUGUAGCGAAGAUAUUUUCUUUAAUUAUGAAUAUUUUAAUAGCAGAAUAAAAUAACAUUAAKUGAAAUUUCAUUCUUAGAUAGCCAAAAUUAGAAUAAAUCAUUCAAUGCUUAGUGAGUCGAGAAGUGAAAAUGUUAGUACUGUACAAACUGCCGUUCUAUGGCUCUCAGAUGAUUAACUGGCUUCCGUUUUCUAGUGAAUUUGAUUGGCUGAGAUCGAAUACCAUUUGAAAGUCAAAGAACCGCACGUUUCCCGCUCGAAAAAAAUGCUGUUGUCAAUGUAUUGUUAUCCUACACUGGCUGGUGUCUGAAACAACCCCAAGGGUCUGUCUGUCUGUCUGUAUAUUUAGUGAAGUUCGUGGCUAGUCAUGUGUAGAACAAGGUUCGACUUUUUGAUUAAUUACCUUACUUUUGAAUGUGCCUGCUCUUGGUCGAAAUAGAGGCUACGCUCCGUAACGUGGUGGCAAUCAUGUGGGGAGGCACGGCAGUGGAGCCUUUUUCCCUGGAUUCCUGGAUCUUUCGUAAAUCAGAGUAUACCAGACUGAUUCUAUAUUGUUCCUGCUCMCUGUCAUGGCUGCCAUCACGUGACGGUGCAAAGCCUCUGUGGAUACUAAUAAAUAAUACUAAAGAAGGUCGACUGGGGUGCCUGUGUCAUUGGCAAUCUAAUUGUUAAGUGUAUGUUAGGGGAGGGGAGGGAUGAUUUGUAAAUAUUGGUAGGAAUUAAAGUGUGCUACCAUUUGGCAUUUCUAGAGACCACACCCAUGYCAUUAGAGUGCGUUGACUUGGAAACUAAAUAUUAACGGCAUGUUUAAGUUUUUAUUCACUGAAUAAAGUAGAUCAAAAUUCCGGCUGUCGGUGCAUGAAAUAUUGAAGUCUAAUUAUGGCCUUAAAAUAACUAAAAAGAUCUUUAUUUUUUUGCUCUUACAUGUAUUUAACUUGAGUCUUAUUAUUAUAAACUGCAGUKUUUAUCUAGUAUCGAUUCCAAAAUAUCAGGAAUUCUUGUGUAYAUCGUUGGCGGAGAUACGUGUAGAAAACUCACUGCGCAUGCUCGGAAGUUCGGCGGGGAAAUUCGUACAAAAAAAUGGAAAAUGUUUCUAAUUUCCUUGGGGGAUGGAAAGUAUGCGAAAAAGGAGCGGCUAAUAUAACUUACUACUGUUCAUCUGUGCUCUCAUUCUUGAACUAGGUUCAAAUUAUUGAUCUUAUUUUGAAUAUUACUCUGGACGCUCACUUCRAACUUUUAAGAUCACUUCAAAUACAAAGCUAAAGAUUAUCAAUUAAGGAAUUCAAAACUAUAUAGGUUAAUAUAUCUUUCCUAUCACUAAAACGCCGGUAUACAGCUAAAUAUACUACUACUACUACUGAGAAAUAAGUGGCAGUUAAGUUCAUAGGGAUUGCGUUGUUAAGUUUAUGGGAGAAUUCGGUCUUAACAAUGUUAGAAGAAGAAAAGAGUUUUAUCAGAAAGCGCAAUAGCUUCUUAUUGUAUAAUUAGCUUGAAAAAGAGGUUUUAAGGAUUCCACUAACAGCCUAGUUUUCAAGCUAGAUCCAGUAUUCACGUCCUAGGAYAGGUGCGCAAAAGGUCUGGGGCGCUAAUCCAUCUUGUAUAUAAAGUGYAUGUUAGUUAAUGAUUUAGUUUUGUACCAAACUAAUCCGAUCAAACGAACUGUAAAAUUCUUCACUAUGAAUAGUCCCUUUCACAGAUUCCAGCACCAUCUUGAAAGGUAGUCGUGCCUUUGCACCCACGUGAUACGAACGGUGAGCUCCCAAUGAUAGUAGAGACUUCUUUCUAUUAACACCUUGAACAAUUAUUCACGUCUCUAUCAUUGCAAGCAGACCGUUCGUCUCGCUUCGAUGCAAGGCACGGCUACCUUUCAAGAUGGCGCAGGGAACUGUGAAGGGAACUAUUAAAAUGAUAUAUAUCGAAUUAAAGGCUUUAGGACUCAUUAAAUUCGCCCAAAGGCGCUUUUUACCGUGGAACCUUUGCUGAACCUUGUGCGCAGCGCGCGGCUCGCGAGAGGUGAUGCACGGUACAACGUAGUUGCUUCCAGAUUCACGAUGCCGCUCCACAUAAAUUUCAGCAAUAUGUUUCGCUGUGUUGCAGACUCUUAAAGAUACUAGCUAGCCGAAGUCGGUGUAGUUUCGUCGUUGGGACAUGCCGUCAUCGUUCAAAUAGAAAUACUAUAUCUAGUUUUGUAAAAGAUAUGUAUGAUACUUAGGACUAAAAGAAUUUAGAAGUGCAUGCGUGGUAAUGCUAAUAAAAAUAUUCCACACA